GAAAAACAAAUGUACAUUUAGGAAACCUUGUAACUCAAUCCAAUCUGAACAAUGGUCGCGCCUUUACCCAAUCACACCAAUUUUUAUAUUAAUAUUCACCGCAUGUUUCGAUUCAACUCCUUCGCGGAUCGGACUGAUCCACAAUUUGUACAAUUCCCAAACCUUCCUUGCUAAACCCAAACUCUGAUACUCCGAUCUCAAAUCACCGCUCCAAAUCCAACGGUCAACGACAACGUGCCAUGAGCACUCCAUCACUCUCAGGGGGCGCGGGUGCGUUCUCUGGGUUCACUCGGCUAUGCAAGGGCUUAGCGGUGGUGCUUAUUGGAGGACACAUUGUGGUUCAGUUUCUCCCUCAGGCCGUUAAUUAUCUAGCGCUCAUUCCCGCCAGGACUAUUCCUUUUGUCUGGAACCUCCUAACAGCCGGUUACAUUGAGCAAUCAGUAUACGGGGUUGUUGUUAGCAUUCUUGGUCUUCUUUUUAUUGGGAAGCUGCUUGAACCUGUGUGGGGUUCUAGGGAGUUCUUGAAGUUCAUCUUUGUAGUUAACUUCCUAACUUCCAUAUGCACCUUCAUCACUGCUAUUGCUUUGUACUACAUUACGAUGAACGAAAAUUACCUCUACCUGCCUCUUUCUGGCUUCCAUGGGGUCCUUUCAGGUUUCUUGGUUGGCAUCAAGCAAAUCAUCCCUGAUCAGGAGUUGCCUUUAUUGAAGAUAAAAUCUAAGUGGUUGCCAUCUCUCUCACUAUUGUUGUCCAUUGCCAUAAGCUUCUGGACAGCACAGUCAGCAACAUAUCUUCCAAUUUUAAUAUUUGGCACCUAUUUGAGCUGGAUUUAUCUCAGAUACUGGCAGAGGAAACCAGAAACUAAACUCAAGGGCGACCCAAGUGAUGAUUUUGCAUUUUCUACUUUCUUCCCUGAAUUUUUAAGACCAGUCAUUGAUCCUGUUGCAUCUAUAUUCCAUCGGAUGCUCUGUGGAAGAUUUGACACUUCCAGCGAAUCCCAAGGUUAUACCCUUGGAGGCACCACAUUGCCUGGAUCCGACCCCAUCGAAGCAUCUAGAAGGAGAGAAAGAGGGGCUCGAGCACUUGAAGAAAGACUGGCAGCUGAGAGGUUGGGUGCAGCACAGGGUACAGAAGAGUCAGGAAGAGAUGCCACGGAGAGUGUUUAAUUGCUUCUGUCAACCAACUCAAGUGUGUCCGUUCUGUUAGAACUUGAGAGGUUCUGUGGUAUUUGAAGAGAAGGCUUUUCCCUUUUCUUAUUCAUAUCUCGCUCUGUGGAUUCUAGAGGAUCGUUUUGCUAGCAUUUUUUCUUGGACUCUACCGUAAUGGUACAAAAAAGUUGUCUACGCACAAUGAUUGGUGUGUGUUCUUACUCAAAAAUACGUAGAAUAGAUAUUCUAAAGAGGCAUAUCUCCCGUUGGUUUUCAUUUUGCUCUAUAUCCUGAGUGGAACCUUUGCUCCUUUAAACAACUGGGGCCAUUUUGUCAUGUUGUACAAAUACAUAUCUGAGCAGAAAGUGUUUUAUCUUCGAUCUCAAA